AAACAAAAUUCCAAUUUCCAGAAUCAUAAAUCCAGAAAUAGGAUUUCUAAGAGAACCACACAAAAGUAGACUUCCAGAAUAAGAGUUCACAAGCCUGAAGUUUAAAAAAAAAAAGUGACUUCUUGGGUAUGGUAAAGGUUUUGUAGAGAAGGAGAGAAGAAAGGAAGAGGAAUCAAUCAGCUGACUCUUGGAUAGGAAAUCAAAAGUUAGGAAUAUGUUUUGCAGAGAAACUGAGAAGAAAGAAAAAGGAAUCGAUUUGCCGAAUAAAAUUGAAGUUCAGUAUGUUAAUGUGUUGACCUAAUGACAUGUCAUAAAACUUGUGUUUGAUUGGUCUGAAUUUUCAGUCCGACGUGGACCAUCUCAGAAGGCUUGAUAUUUGCCUUUUAGUAUUGUUAGAUGACAAAACUGUUAUCAAAUGGUAGCCAAACGGGAAUAAAUGCUGCUUACUCCAAAUAAAAAUAUUUCAACUAUGUUAUACAAUUAUACAGCAUGCGCUAGUCAUAUAAGAUCAUCUCCAUCGCUGGUUUAUAAGGGGUUCAUAAGCAAGCCUCUUACCCGCUUUUGAUUUAAUAAAUAAUAUAAUUAAGUGAGAUGGUUAGAGGUGCCUCUUAAAUAACAAUUUUUAGGGGUGAACUCUAAAGUACGUGGCAACUGCUUUUCCCCUAGUUUCGGUGAGAGAAGAAAAAAAUUAGUUAUUCGACGCGAUAGAAAAAAAAAAAAACACAGAGAAGGCACAGUCUUGGCGAUUCGGGAGCGUCUUUGUUCUAAGGUAAAUCAAUACGAAAAUCGAUUCUCCUAGUUGUUUAGCCGUCGAUUUAUGGAUUGGUACUUGUUCGAUGUUGUUUUCCUGUGAUUGAUUAACAAAUCGAUUUGGGGAUCGAUUUGAAAUAAGGGUUUUCGUCAGGGUUCAAAGACGAUUUGGGAUUUGGGGCGUUCGUCUUCGUUUGUGUUUGAUUUCGAUUAGAUUAGGUAUUCAAAUCGAUACAGGGUUCGUUUUCAAAUUAGGUUUUCAAAUUAGAUUUUGGAAUUGGUGCUUUCGUCUUUGUUUAUUUCUUGUUAAUGCCCCAAUCUGUUUUUGACAGUAUUGGAGGUUAGCUCAUGGAUCCUAAUGAAGAGAGGAGAUCUAUGAAGGCGCUUAAGGCCCACUUCGAUACCCUGCAUUUUGUAACAGACUCGAUGCAAGGAAUUCAAGAACGGUGUGCAUGUGGGCAACGCUUAGUGCGCGAGAGAGCUCCAGCAGAAGUGUUUGACUACCUACCAGGGAAGAGAUUCUUCACCUGCAAGGAGUACAAAGAUGAUGGGAUGCAUUACAGGCAGCCGUGGGUCUGUGCAGUCGAGGAAGAGCUAGGUUUCAUGAAAACGAGGGUGGAAAAAUGUGAAGAGUAUAAAUCCCUGGUGGUGAAGCUGGAAGUCGAGAAUCAGGAGUUGAAGGUGAGCUGCUUUCAAGAUUUUCUUAACGAUUUAGGUUAUGUGAUCAUAGUUGACACACAUUUUAAAAUUCUUGCAGGCAGAGGUGGAGAAGCUCAUAGCCCGAGUGUCUCAGCUUGAGUAUGCGCAUAAGGUUAGACUCCUCUUGAACAUUUAAACAUUAUGUCAAACUUUGAAGUUUUUAAACAUUAACUGCCACUUCAUUUCAAACUUUUUUUGCUUUAAAACAUUAACUUCGUAUCUGACUCCAAACUUUUAAUUGUUUCUUCCUAACUGCAUUGAGUUGAUUGGUCUUUAAAGCUCUAUGUUAACUUUCUAAGGGUGGUGGUUAGGAUUAGGUUAGAUAGUAAAUACAUCAUUUAACAAAGAACACUAGUUAAAUAGACCUAGACACCCAUAGUUUUACCAACCACAGAUAGUAACCAAAACCCACAAACUUAGAAUUUAACGUCCUUGAUCGGUCUCCGGUUUUUGAUGACAUUAUCUAUGGUCGAGCUCCAAGAGUUGAAUUCACCGUCAACGGUCACAAGUAUAAUAGGGCCUACUACCUCACCGACGGUAUAUAUCCAAAGUGGCCUACCUUUAUCCAAUCCAUCUCUAUUCCUCAAGGUCCAAAGGACGUGUUAUUUGCAGAACGUCAAGAAGCCGCCAGAAAAGAUGUCGAGCGUGCAUUUGGAGUCUUGCAAGCUCGUUUUGCAAUUGUUAGAAACCCGGCUCUUCUUUGGGAGAAGGAAAAAAUCAGCAACAUUAUCAGAGCAUGUAUCAUAUUACACAAUAUGAUAGUGGAAGAAGAACGAGAUGGAUACAUUCGAUACGAUAUAUCCGAAUUCGUUGAAGGAGAAACAAGCAGAAGUUCAGAGGUAGAUUUCUCGUUCUCUACAAACAUGCCUUCAAAUCUCGGUAAUAUACUUGCCAUUCGGAGUGAACUUCGCGACCAAAGGAAACAUCAACGAUUGAAGACCGAUUUAAUUGAGAAUAUAUUUGCAAAAUUUGGUAACCAACAAUCAUAAUUAUUGUAAUCAUAAUUAUUGUAUGUUUUAUAUUUUUUUUCAAUAAACAUAACUUUUUUUU